UACUUCUAAUUUCUAUCUAUAUACUAAAAAUCAAGCAACAAUUAGUUACUUACUGUUUCUUCACUUUCAAUUCCGCAAUCGGUUUUGAUUUCAUUUACUUUGAUUUUGUUUUCCUAUUAUUGCGAUUGACUACUUGAUACGUUACAUUAUCUCGUGAUUUUUCUGAUUUGAAAUUUGAAUUUAUCAUGCAUCUGUAUUUUUUUGCUCUUUGCUACUUUUGGUUUGAUAUAGUGAUUGAACUAGUUGUAUAAUCUUAGGUCUGAGAAACAUGCGCUGAAAUUGCUCGAUUUUACUAUCUUAUUAAAGUAAAAACACCUCAAAAUUGUGUCGAUUGUUUGCAUAUGCAUUAUACAUUUGCAACAAUGUGUUUGUUUUUAUAUUCUUGUGUCUACGCUCUACAUGUUCCAAAUAGUUUUAUUUCGUAGAAACUUAAAACAAUGUAUGUUGCUUAGAUUUGAGUAGAGUCAUAUAUUAUGUAUGUUUGUUCAGUUUCGAGGUCCACUCGUUUACAGAGAGUUUCACACAAUGCUUAAAUGCCCAUGUUAGAUUGUCGAGCAUGCACGUGAUGUAGAUGCUCAAAGCCAAACAAGGAGUGUGUGGAUGUAUGCUAGCAUUCAACUGUGGCGUUUUGUAUUGAGCUAUGAGCGAGCUUAUUAGUAUUUUUAUUGGAUCCUAUGUCUAUCUGAUAAAUGGUAGGAUAAGAAUGAUGUCUUGUCGUCAUAUAUUUGACUUGCCCUUUUGUGAAAAGCACUUUGUUAGAGAAAUGAGCUUUGGAGGGAAAAUUUGAAUUUGAUAACAUAGUAGAAAUCAAGAUCCCUGAAUUCAAUCAUUCAACAGUAUUCUAAAUGUCCUAAAAUUUGAUUUAAUACAUAAAAAAUUCAGAUAAUAUGUUAAUAUGGGAGGGUUAGACAAUUUGAAUUUCUAAAUACUUUUUAUUAUUUCAUCUUUGAUUUUCAUCUACUACAUAAGAGAGCAAGAUCUACCAUACAAAAAAAAGAGGACAAGAUCUAAAUAAAAAAUAAAAUAUAAAAAAUUUAUAUGAAAAGUUUGAUGUAAAGACUUACGAGAGAGAGGAGAGUUGGGAGAGAAUAGAUUUUAAAUUUAUGUUGUUGGUGAUGAAAAGACAAUUCUAAGAAGAGUUUUGUAGAGGAAAAAAAGGCGUUUAUUAUUUUGUUUAUUAUUAUUCCCAAUAAGAAAAAUACAACUACUUAUCAACUUAAAAUUUUACUAUAAGGAAAUUAUUUUCAUGGAAGUAAGUUCACUACUUAUCAACUCAAAUUUUUUUUUUGCAACUAAAUCUCAUCUUAUCACUCCAACAUUUACAAAUAUGCCCUUAAAUUUCGCAAAUGAGCUAUGCUUGAUUAAAUGAUAAAAUCUAACUAUUGUUUGAAUUUGAGAACUUUUGGUAAGGAAAAAUAGAGUUAGGAACACAACCAAUCAAAUUUUGCCAUGUUACCUCUUCUCCUUAAUUUUUGAAUCCUAUAUUUUCUUGCUGCUGCAGUCGUAGCUUUUCUCUCGUAGAUAUCCAAUGAAGGUGGAUUGCUAAGGUCUGAUAAGUAUGUCUUUGCAACUGAAGAGGAAUCGGUGGUAUUAGAUCGUUGAUCAACGACCCUUGAUGUUGGAGUUGGGAACUACUUGAUGGACCCGCAGGUAGGGAAUUAUUGAAUGUUUGGGAUCGUUGAUUGAUGCUGAUUCUCCAUAGACAUCGAUGGAAACGGAAAUACCAAAUCGUUAAUCGUAUUUGUUUGUUGUUGCAUUUUACUCUCUUUUCUCACCAAAUUUUAUCAACAGCUUUUGUUUUAUAGCAUUAAAAUCAUAAUUUUCAGCCAUUAAGUUAUCAUAAUACGCCUUCACCUAUGCAAGUGCUUCUCUUAGUUGUUCUCCAUUAUCAAAUCUUUUCCUUUUUAUUUCCUUUGAUUUCUCCGUUUUGUGCAACAAAUCGAAACUCUUAUUAAGAUGAAAAAGAAUGAUUUAAAUUGAUGAAGUUAUAUGGAAGCUCCUCCUAGUUUUUCUCAAGAUUAUAUGAAAGAGUUUGAAAUGAAAGAUAUUGGUGCAGUUAUGAGAAUAGUCAGAAAUCUCAAAGGAACUAGUGGAAGAGGUAUUCUUUUCAAGAAUGCUGAUUGGGCUGGAGAUAGGGAUGAAAGAAAAUCUCCAAAAUAAUAAGAAAAUCAUCAAGAAAAAAUGAAACAUCUUUCAUUUCAAACUCUUGGAAUAGUUUUCCUUUUGAAUUUUCUAUUUCUUCUGUAUCAUUAUCAGUGAUUAUCAUAUCAUCAACAUAAAUAAUUAAGCAUGUAAUUUUAUUGUCUCGAGUCUUUAAAAACGAACUAUGAUCUGAAUUGCUUUGCUUGUAUCCAAACCUUUUGAAAGCCAAUGUAAAUCCAACAAACCAAGCUUUAGGUGAUUGUUUUAAUCCACAUAAAGCCUUCUUAAGUUUACAACAUUCUCCUUUCUAAUAAUCUUGAGAAAAACUUGGAGAGCUUCCAUUUAAUCUUCUUCACUGAUUUAAAUCAUUUUUCUUAAUCUUCAAGUAAGAGAAAACUUCUGGACUAAAUAAGAGUUUUGAUUUAUUACACAAAACGGAGAAAUUAAAGAAAAUUGAAAGGGAAAGAUUAGAUGAUGGAGAGCAACUAAGAGAAGCUCUUGCAAAGGUGAAGACCAUUAUGAUAACUAAAUGGCUGAAAAUUAUGAUUUAAAGGCUAAGAAACAGAAGCUGUUGAUAUAUUUUGGUGAGAAAAGAGUAAAAUGCGACAACAAACAAAUACAAGUAACAAUUUGGUAUUUUCGGUUCCAUCGGCCUCUAUGGAGAAUCAUCAUCAACCAUCGAUUAUUCACAGAAAUCAACGAUCCCAAACAUUGAAUGAUUCUCUACCUGCGGGUCCAUCGAGUAGUUCCUAGCUCCAAAAUUAAGGAUUGUUGAUCAAUGAUCUAAUAUGUGCAAUUCUAUUGAGAGUUAUGCAAUACCAUCAUCCUACAGUUUCAUUUGCAAAGACAAACUUAUCAGUUGGACCUUAACAAUCCACCUUCACAGGAUAUCUACGAGAGGAGAGCUAUGGCUGCAGCAACAAGAAAAUAUAGCAUUCAAAAAAUUAAGGAGAAAAGGAAACGUGGUUAAGAAUGACAAACACUAUGUUUCUGACAUUGCAUAUGGAGGUUCUGGCACUGGUCAUAUAUGGGCUCAACCUAAAAACGAAGAGUCCUCUGCUUUUUAUUUGGAUGCAAACUUUGAAAAAGCAUUUAAAAUUGAUGAUAUAUCUUCAGUAUUCCAUUAUGAGCUCAUUAACAAAAAUGGAGGGCUAAAUUCUUGUAUGACAGAAGGGAAAGACGACAUAAGAUGCAACGAUUUUGAUGAAAUGCUGCAUGAAGUCGAAAUGACCAACAUACCUAUAGCAGUUAGUCUCUCACAUGCUUCCGAAGAUCAACUUUUUGAUGUUGAUUUUGCAAAAAAGGUCCCGGACCUGGAUUGUGAAUUCUGUGAUGAAGUGACUGCUGAAGACUUAAAAUCUGAGGAUCACUCUCCAGGAACUAGUAAUGAAGAAGUAGGGGUAUCUCAAUCAUCUAUUCUAGAGCCUAGAUGUGCAACUCCUGAUGAAAUUGAUGGGGACUCUGGGAACAAAUGUUAUAAUAGACCAGUGCAAAAUAAGAUGAAACUCAUAAGCUUGCGUACCAGGGAAUGUGAAAUUGAAGCUUUUCAGAAAACUAGCGAUAUUCAUUCGGGGAAUACAUGCGCUUUCGGUCAUGAUAGAAAGAAAAAUCAUUUUUAUCUCAGCUCUGUGAAAGCACCAUGCACUUCCAUAUGUACAAAUGAUGAAGUUGACUCAGUGAGUCAAUGUACUGAAGUGGAGGAUUUUUGUGUAGAUGAGCUUUCAACUGACAGCUGUGCUGAAACUAAAACAGUAACCACUAGACAAAGGAGACUGAGUAGACCUCCACAGAGGUAUGUUGACGGAUCACCAUGGCUAAAGUCAAGACUUUAUAGGGUUAAGAAACAUCCUCCUAGCUUGCUAAAGGAUGAAGAUCUUGAAGUUAGCUCUCAAAAGUCUUGGGCAAGCAAUGUGGAACUUGAUUCAGAUGAAGAAUACGAGCCUGAUUCAUCUUGUCUCAACAGAAAUUCAAUGAAAAGGGGUGAUCGAAGGAAGAACAGCAAGCCCUGGACAUUGGAUGAGGUGGUGGCGUUGGUUAAUGGUAUGUCACAGUUUGGUACAGGACAAUGGACUGCUGUAAAGAGGGCUUUCUUCUCAUCCUCAAGUCGUACAGCUACUGAUAUCAGGGACAAGUGGCGCAACCUUGUGAAGACUAAUAGUCGGAGUUUGAGGCCAAGAAAGGACGAUCAUAAUAAGAGCAGCUCACAACUGUUGCCAAAGACACUGAUAGAACGAGUGAAGGAAAUCGCCAAUAAUUCUCCUGUUCGCAAGUCUACAUCAAGAAGAGGCAAGCAACUUCAAGACUCAAGAUGCUCUAGUAUCCCCCCUUUGGCCGAGUGACGUUCAUCUGUUCUCCUAUAUGGUAAAUCAGAUUUGUCGAGUAGUUACAUAGACAGAAAUUAAUUUUUAAUCAUCGAGUUAAUUUUUUGUUUACGAAAUACUUCUACAAUUUAAUUGAACCAUAGGCUGACCUAUCUUGAAGAGUUGUCAUUAGCUUUUUAGCUUCACACCAAAAGGUAAACCAUAGAUAGUGCUGUAAAAAAGGUCCUCGAGUCAUCUACUGAUGUUAGCGUCACACAGAAGUUCUCGGAAGUGCAAUUGCUGCACAACAUCAUCGUGCCACUGUCUGCCAUACGUAAGUCUCUAAACUUGUAAAUCCUGUUGAGACCUUUGUACAUUUGGUCUUGAUUUUGGAAGAUGGUAACCAUCGUUAUAGUAAUGGUAAUAUGCACAAAUGAGCACUAUUGUGUAAUUAAGACUCAUGUUGUCUUACUUUACGAGUUUUCUUA